CAGGGAGGGCCCGGCCGAGGUUGUCAUAGUAACAAGCAGAGGCCGGUGCGGGUUGUUAUGGUGACUGGCUGGUUGGUAUAGUGACAGAGAAGGGAACCGGGAAAAAUGGCGGUGCAGCUGUGGCUGGAGAGCCUGAGAGCGGCUAAGAAGACUUGUAUCCUGCAGGACGGGAGAAGAAAGGUGCACUAUCUAUUUGCAGAUGGCAAGGAGAUGGUGGAAGAGUAUGAUCAGAAGACACAGGAGUUAUUGGUAAGGAAAUGGAGACAGAAAUCAGCCCUGGGUGCGCAUGGUGAAUGGCAGACUGAAGUUGGGGAAAGUCCACCGCCAGUGGUCGCAGUGCUACAAAAUGAUUUCUUAAAAGAAAACAGUUCCAAUCCUGUGUUUAUGAGGAAGGACACCAAGACAAGCUGUCAGUGGAGAAUCCGCAAUCUGCCUUAUCCUAAAGAUGUAUAUAGUGUGACGGUAGAUAAGACUGAGCGUUGCUGUAUUGUACGGACAACCAACAAGAAAUAUUAUAAAAAGUUCACCAUUCCAGACCUAGAUCGAUGUCACUUAGAACUGAAUGAGAGCGCUCUAAGCUUUGCCCAUGCAAACAACACUUUAAUUAUAACAUAUCAGAAACCAAAGGAAAUCCUGGCAGUGGAAGAAGAGCUGCAGGAGGAGAUCAAAUCAUUGAAGGCCAACUCGGAGGGUGAUGUGGAGUGUAAGACUCAAUGACCUGCAUUCUAAUUUAUGUCUAUAGUUUUCUACAAAAAAAUAAAUAAAAUACCCAAUAUAAUGAG